GGGAUCAGCCAGGUGAUUUUCCAGCCCGGCAUGUCUGCCGAGCACUCCUCUUGGCCGAGGGCUGAGGAUGAAUCCCUGGUGCACGUGCCACAUGCAAGGCAGGAUGCGCGUCAUGACCAUCACAGGGUUAAUGGCCGGCAUCCCGCUCUACUUGCCAGAGUGCCUCUGGCACCCAUGGCUGUGCGUCCCAUCUGGUGGCCUGCAUCCCACAGCCACAGGCAAACCCAGGUAGGCACAGGACGGGAAGGCUGGCGUGUAGUGGGUGUCCAGGGUAGUGGGAUGAGUGCUUGAGAACGGGAGGGGGACUGGGAACUAUAUAGUGCGAUGCUGCAGAGUACUGGCAGCAACAUGUACGGGGUGCGUGGUAUGCCAUAGGGUUUCAUAGCAUGGUGGGGACACCUCUGGGCAGGAGUGGGAUUGGGAUGCGUGGGGCCAUGUGGUGCUCCCACUGCUCAAGUUAUGCUUCUCCUCCACGGCAGGCCUCUGUACGGCUGGCCAGGCACCGGGUGUCUACUCUCCCAGUGGCAUGGAGGCGCAGUGCUGGCGCAGCGCAGCGUUUGACUGCACGCCCCAGCCAUCAGCCUGCUGCCCUGACUGGAUGGCGGGGCUCCCCGAUUCCCUGCCCCUCUCCCGCCUCUCCAUCCCUGGCACCCACGACUCCCUCAGCCUGUUCGGUGGCCGGCGCCUGCGGUGCCAGAGCUGGGGCCUGGAGGCUCAGCUGGCAGCUGGUGUCCGCUUCCUGGAUGUGCGCUGCAGGCUGGCACGGGGCGAGCUCCAUGUGUACCAUCUCUGCACCUUCCAGCGGGCCAGCCUGCGGGGGGUCCUGCGCCGCACCCUGCGCUUCCUCCGCGCACACCCCGGCGAGGCUGUGCUCAUGCGCAUCAAGGAGGAGCUGCCCAUCUUCUCCCGGCCUGGCUUCGCCUCCCAGCUGCAGCGCUGCUUACUGGAGGAGGGACAGGGCUGUGUGUGGUGUCGGGAGGAGGUACCAACGCUGGGCCAGGUGCGAGGGAAGAUUGUGGUGCUGGAGGCGCUGGCGCAGGAGGUGCUGGGCAUCCCCUAUGAGCAGCUGAGCAUCAGUGAUGCCUGGAACGUGCUCUCACUGGAGCGCAAGUGGGUGCAGGCACGGCGGCACCUAGAGAGGGCGGCCAGCGGGGACCCUGCCACCAUGCACCUCACCUUCUGCUCUGGCAACGGGCUCUUCACCUGCCCCGAGGAGGUGGCCCGCUUUGUGAACCCACGCUGCUACCAGCACCUGUGGCGCCGGCGGGGACGGCCCGUGUGCUGGGGGGUGGUCAUCAUGGACUUCCCUGGGGCAGGCCUUCUCCGGCUCAUUGUGGAGAGCAAUGGUCUGCAGGCCAGCAGACACAUUACAGCUGCCCCCAGCAGCCCCACCGUACCCUCGCGGCACCCACAGCAGAGGGGAGAGGCGCGGCAGCCGGCACAGCUCCGCUCACUGCCUGCGGUGGUGCUCAUCAGGACGGACGCUGCUCCCAGCCCCACGACUCUGCCGAAGGAUGUGAGUGCCUUUAAGAGCAGAAGUGGGUUUUCUAGCUGCUGGGCACCAGGAAGCGUUUGACUGCCAGAGGCAGAAGAGGAGGGUUGGCAGCUGUGGUUGGAGCAGGGCAGCCCAGGGAACUGCCCCCUCCAUGCAGCUGUCCCCAGAAGAGCCAGAUACAGUCCCAUCACACGGCUGGGCCAACUGAGUCCCUGGCAGAGCAGCAGGUAUGGGUGGAAGGAGCAGAUCCUGCCUUGUUUCCUGUCAGGCUGGUGAGUCCACCCAAAAUGCCUCUCUGCAAAACAGUCCUUUUCCUUUCAAGGGUGAAUAAAAAUAAAAAGAACCUAGGAAAGCACUCCCCAUGUUUCCUUGCCAUUUCAUAGCAGAAAAGUGCAGAAAAUACCUUUUAAUUUUACUGCUCAGAUAGGAAAAAGCCUGUACUCCUCUGCCCAUGGCCCAAGCACAGUUUAAUUAGUGUUUGUAAUCAUCUUGCUCUGAAAGCAGAACAGCAAGAGGGAGGAGAAGGAAGUCACUUCAGUUCAAAGGUGACAACAAAUGGUUAGCAACAUCUUUCCCCUCAUUAUUUUAGCUUUUAUUUUUUUCUUUCAGGGGCUUGCCCCAGAAGUCAGGACUUUUAGAAAGGUAACUUCAGCAAGCACCACCCGACCCUGUGUACGGAAAGCUGGACAGCCACAAUAGUAGCAAUUCAGAUGGGGAUACCUCUUGCCUGGUGUCACACACAACUGGAGGAUGCUGCACAGGGCAAAGCCCAGCAGUUUGCAACAGCAUGGGCAGCAUGGACAGGGCAGUUUGCAGAUCCACAAAAGCAAAGAGGCUGAGAUGUAAAAAAGACCUUAAAAUGCACAUAAUGCCAGUGCCUGCCCUACCUGCAGAAAAUAAAUUGGCAAUUUAAAUAGACUGGCAAGUCACAACACAGUAGCUUCUUGGAGCAGAAAGACAGUGGAGAUCCCAGGGGAGAAGCAUCAAACGACUGCACUGAAGCAGGGAGGUGAGAAAGAGGAAAGCCCAUCCCUGGCCUGAUGAAAGAUGAAGAACAUCCUCAAGAAUCCUCCUGCCUCAGGGAAAAUGCAGCUGGGCACAGUGCCUGC